UCCAUCACAUAAAGCGCGCUCCUGAACAUCACACACAGUCUGGCAAUGCUUUUGCGCCACUGCGUGCAUUUUGGACUAUAACGCUAAAGUUUGGCUUCUGGAGCACUGGUGCCCGAUCUCUUCUUCAAAGGUAUUUUGAUGUUACCAACAGAAAUCUCAGGAGGAGUGUGUUUCAGCACUAGUCAGCACUCCAAAGAAGGAAGGAACGGAAUGAAAACAGAAGAAAACCAAUCAUGUCUUCAGCAGGCUCCCUCCGCCACACCUUACGAGCACGUGGGAGGAGGUGAGGUGUGUGCAGGGUGCGAGUCUCCCAUCGCGGACCGCUUCCUCCUGCGCGUCAAUGAACUGUCCUGGCAUGAGACGUGUGUCAAGUGUGCAGUGUGUCGCAGCGCGCUGAGUGGGACCUGCUACUGUCGGGACCGUCUGCUUUACUGCAAGCAUGAUUACGAGAAGUUGUUUGUGCGGAAGUGCAGUGCCUGUCUGCAGGCAAUCGGCCGCUCGGAGCUCAUCAUGCGUGUGCUGGGACAGGUGUACCACCUGGGUUGCUUCAGCUGCUGCGAGUGUGAGCGCCGGCUGCAGAGAGGUGAUGAGUUUGUGCUAAAGGAGGGACAGCUGCUCUGCCGGGGAGACUAUGAGAAGGAGAGAGAGAUGCUGGCUGCUAUCAGCCCGGCUCCUACCGAGUCAGUAAAGAGUGAGGAUGAGGAUGGUGGUGGUGUUUCUGUUGGGGGGAAGGCUGGGGAUGAUGGGAAGGAGCACAAGAGAUCCAAGAGACCACGUACCAUCCUGACCACACAACAACGGCGCGCCUUCAAGGCUUCAUUUGAGGUGUCUUCCAAACCCUGCCGAAAGGUCAGAGAAACUCUUGCAGCUGAGACUGGACUGACAGUGAGAGUCGUGCAGGUGUGGUUCCAAAAUCAGAGAGCAAAGAUGAAAAAGAUCGCUCGUAGACAACAGCAGCAGCAGCAACAGCAAGAACAGGAGCAGAUGGGCGGGACCAGGAGGGGCCCAAGCAGAGGGGGGCGCCAGAGUAACGACGACAGCGAGGAUGGCUCCAGCAGUCACGGACUAGACGGGCUGCUCUCAUAUUCCUCUCUGCCACGCCAACAACUGCUGGCUUUGGACCCGAACAUAUAUGGAAGCGAGCAGUUCCGACACGGGCUCACGCCACCGCAGCUAGGCCCCGAGCAGAUGCACUCCUACGACUCAGAGACAGUUUUCCAUGACUUGGACAGCGAUGGAAGCCUCAGUCAUCUUGGAGACUGUCUCUUGUCGACCGCAGAGGGUGGAGUUCUGGCAGGUCGGAUAGGAAAUCCCAUCGAUCGCCUCUACUCAAUGCAAAACUCCUACUUUACCUCAUGACCCUGGUUCCAUCUAAAGCGCUCCUCCAGCACUGCAGGGGGCAGCAAAUAAAUCGAGUUUGGAAGAGUCUUUCAUCGUCAAAACUAAUUGAAUCCCUCAAUCAUAUCUUAGUCGUGCCAAUAAAGCUCUAACCAAGACAACCUAAAAAUUCAAUUUGGCAUGGACAGAAUGGGAAUUCACUGGAAAAACAUGUUGUAUAUCACACAUAUGCACUAUUUUUUCGCUUUGUAUUGAUUUUGCGACAGUCAUAGGCGCAUAAGAGACACCAACAGGCAGCUGUUCAUGAAGUGUAAGUGUUACCUCAUCCUCUGCUCACUGCACAGCUAACAAACUGAUCAAGGCCGUAUCUGAAAUCACCCCUUUAUACUCUUAUUCACUACUAUGAAGCUAUGAGAACACUUUGUGCGCUAAGAAAACAAAAAAUAAUGACUUUAUUCAAUAAUUUCUUCUUAUUGUUGAACAAAGUUGUUAUUUUAGUAUUUUCGUAGCUUCAUAACAUUACGGUUGAACCACUGAUAUCACAUGGACUUUUUUAUUGAUUUCCUUAAUACCUUUCUAGGCCUUGAACGUGUCAGUUGCAGGGUCAGAAAGCAAUGGGGGUAAGAAGGUCUUUGGAACGACAUUGACCUGUGGCUCUUUCGUUAGUCCACUGAAUGAGUGAAUGAAACCAAGAGAGACAGAGAGGUUUUGGACACCUCUACAAAUGGCUGUCCCCUCAAAUAGUACACUAUAUAUGGAUACAGGGGUGAUUUCAUACACACAUAGGCCGUCAGUUUCAUAUCACUCUCUCCUUAUUGCCUUGCCACCUUAAUGUCCGCCUUGAAUCUGAAUCAGCUUUUAUUUAAACCUAUCGUGAAAACCAAAAGAGUCUAGCAUGCUGGCAUAAGUCAAAUGUGCAUUAAUAUUUCUUGUAAAGAAACAUUGUUUAGUAAAGGUGCACUCAGUUUUUGUAUGUUGAGCUGACAAAUAUAGCAGUUGUUUUGGACUUACACUGACACCUAGUGGUGUGGAUGCAACAUCGCACAAACACAAAAAUAAGGUGAUUAUAGUAAAUUAAAACUGAAAUCAUAAACGUUUUUGGUAACACUUUACAAUAAGGUUUAUUAACAACAUUAGUUAACAUGAACUAAGAAUGAACUACUUCUACAGCAUUUAUUAAUCUUACUGUUAAUUUCAGCAUUAUUAACGCAUUAUUAAAAUCACAAGUUGUGUUUAACAUUAAUUAAUGCAAUGUGAACUAACAUGAACAAACGACUGUUUUUAUUUACUAACAUUAACAAAGAUUAAUAAAUAGUGUAAUAAAUGUAUUGUUCAUUAUUCGUUAAUGUUAGUUAAUACAUUAACUAAUGUUAACAAAUGACACCUUAACCUAAAGUCAAAUUAUUUUUUUCCAUCUAGUCGACAAGGCAACAUUUCUCAUUUUUAUUUAGUUUAACGUCAUGUACGGAAAUAUCUAAAACAAAUAAAAAAUAAAACUAUACAGACAUAUUUAGGCAAAAAGACAACUAAAUGACUAAAACGCUAACUAAAAUGAAAACAGAAAAUAUGAAAGUAAAACUAAGUCAAAAUAUUAAAACUAAAAUAUAUCUACAAUGCUAAAACAACACUACAGUUACUACUGCCUAAUAUUUUGAAAAAAAAUAAAUACAACUUUUUGUUUAUCCAUGAGUGAGCAAUUCUGCAAACAAAGGUGUUCAGUGAGUAGUAUUAAACUGAUUUUGUGAUCUCAAGUGACCCACACCAUGUAAAACAGCUUUUAUGAGUCUCCAUUUCACGUUUAUUGUAUAUUAGUGCAUUAUUUUUCACUAUCGAUUUUUACGUGUAAAUCUCUUCAAACAAGGAAAAAAUACUGAGUGCACCUUUAACACAAAUUAAACUUUACAUUUUCUAUUUACAAAUGAAAAAUGUUGACAAGUAGUGCAGUAUUUUCUUUGAAGAAAUUUAAUUUGGUAGUUUUUUAACUACUGUCAGUUCCUCAGACAGUUUUUCAUGAAGCCGCCUUAACUGUGCAUCAUGCAAUUAAAAAUACAAAAUAUGUAAAAUAUAUACAAAUUAGUGCUGUCAAAUCAGUUAAUCACCAUUAAUCACAUCCAGAAUAGAAGUUUGUGUUUACAUAUGUGCGUGUGCUAUGUAUAUUUAUAUGUACACACACAUACAUGUAUAUAUUUAAGAAAUAAAUGUAUAUUCAUAUAUAAUAUAAACUAUAGAUAAAUAUAAAUACAUACAUUACCAGUCAAAAGUUUUUGAGCAGUAAUAGUUUUGAUGUUUUAAAUAUUUUUACUAUUUAAAAUAACUGCUGUGUGUUGCUGUGUUUGAAUAUAUUUUAAAAUGUAAUUUAUUUCUGUGAUCAAAGCUACAUUUUCAGCAUUGUUACUCCAGUCUUCAGUGCCACAUGAUCUUUCAGAAAUCAUUCUAAUAUGCUGAUUUGCUGUUCAAGAAACAUCUUUUAUUAUUGUUAUCAAUAUUUGAAACAGUUGAGUACAUAUAUUUUCAGGAUUCUUUGACGAAUCCAAAGAUCAGCAUUUCUCUGACAUAAAAGUUUUGGUAACAUUAUACACUUUUGUUGGGAAAGAAAUGAUAGAAAUUAAUACUUUUAUUUAGCAAGGAUGCAUUAAAUUGAUCAGAAGUGAUGAUAAAGAUGUUACAAAAGAUUUCUAUUUCAGAUAAAUGCUGUUCAUCAAAUUCUACUCAGCUGUUUUUAACAUAAUAAUAAUAAUAAUGUUUUUUGACCUGCAAAUCAGUAUAUUAGAAUGGUUUCUAAAGGAUCAUGUGACACUGAAGACUGGAGUAAUGAUGCUGAAAAUUCAGCUUUGGAAUCACAAGAUUAAAUGACAUUUAAAAAUAUAUUCAAAUAGAAAACAGUUAUUUUAAAUAGUAAAAAUAUUUAACAUUUUUACUGUUUUUUCUGUACUUUAAAUCAAAUAAAUGCAGGCUUGGUGAGCAGAAGAGACUUCUUUUUAAAAAUCUUAAAAAUCUUACUGUUCAAAAACUUUUGACUGGUAGUGUACAUAUAUAUGUACAUUUUCUUAAAUAUAUAUGUUUGUGUAUUUAUAUAUACACAGCAUAUGCACAUAUGUUAUGUAAACACAAACGUUUAAUUUGGAUGCGAUUAAUCAUGAUUAAUCGAUUUGACAGAACUAAAAGACUAAUAAAAAUACCACAAACCACAAAAUAAUGAAACAUCUGUAAGAUAAUGCAAAACUAAAGUAGAUGUCUCAAAAAAAAAAAAAAAAAAAAAAAAAAAAAAAAAAAAAAUUAGUGAGGGAGUCUUGACAGGGUUCAUAGAGCAAAGGAGGCACACAUACCACAGUGGCUCAGUCAACAUUAUCAAAACACACAGGCUUACAGCAAACACACAUAUCUGCUCUAUUAAAAUUAAAGGAACACUCUACUUUUUUUGAAAAUACGCUUAUUGUCCAACUCCCCUAGAGUUAAACACUUGAGAUUUACCGUUUUCAAAUCAUAUCAAUUCAGCCGAUCUCUGGGUCUGGC